AUGACCCGCACGAUCAGGUGGACGAAAAGACACUUGUGGGUUGCGCCUGCCCACGCUGUUUGGAAGGUUCGCCGAUGGCGGUGGCUUCUUCUUUGGUCAGGCGUGUCUAGCCUUUGCCUUGACCUGGGUGUUGACCUGCUGGACUGGACUGGUGGUACGUCUUGCGCCUGGCAUGCGCUCAAGCAUCUCAAGCACAGGAUGCCUCUCUCCGCCGCUGCCUGCAAAAAUGACCCUGUGACGUUGCUUGCAGAAGCUGAGAUGCGACGUGAUGAGGCCUUCAUGGAACGUCUACAGGGCCUAGCAAAGGAGGCCCUAUCCUGGCCCUUCCUCGAGGACCAACAGCGCCUGAUGUGGGCUGCAGUGGUGGAGUUCCAUGCGGUGCCCACCCAGGAGCUGCCGCCAUGGUUCCUGGAGCGUCAGAAUAUCACUCGCAGAAGCACAGGUGUGGACCUCCUGAGCCUUGAUGGUCAGCGGGCCAUGCUGUGCUGCAGCGGAACUGUGCUGCACGGGAAGGUCAAGCGCUUCCUUCGCACAGCCCGUUACGUCUACAAGGUAAUGGACUACGUUGUGGUGACGAAUGAAGGCUGCAAGUUGGCAUCUGACUCGAAGAGAUGGCUGUCCCAGUACAAGGCUGAGCAGAAGUAUCUUAGCAAGCAUGCUUUGCGCCGGCUGCCUGACAUUUCCGACAGGGCCACAGUAGGGCCCUCGGUCGACCUUCCCUUGCGGAGUUGCCAGAUGGCCUGCUUGGAGGCCUGUGUUCAGGGAGCUCGUGUCGUGGAGAUGGCUUGUGGGACGGGCAAGACUCGAAUUAUUCGAGAGCUUGCUGAAAACACAUCGGGCAAGGUAUUGAUCUCCGUGCCAUCGCGCGUAUUGUUGGAGCAAUUCAGCGAGGAGUUUCCAAAGUUCUGCAAAGUUGGGACAGGUUACAACGACAGAGUCGAUCUCGCUGCCGAAGGUUUUAUAGCCGUCACUGAAUCCAUCCACUUGCUGCAGACAGUGCAGUUUCAAACGAUCCUGGUGGAUGAAGCACAUCACCCUUCGCCAACGGGAAUGCCAGUGGGACGGCAAGUCUUUAAAUUUUCUGCCACUCACAGGGAGCCUGCUGAUUUCCAAUACACGAUGGGCGAAGCAAUUGCCGACGCAGUGUUGUCCGACUAUGACUUCACAGUGCCAAUUACAACCCAAGGACAGUCGUAUCUUUCGUUGGCACAGCUGCUAAGUACCCAAGCUGGCCAUUUUAGGAGGGUGCUUGCCUAUUGCAACUCCGUGCACGAAGCCAGGCGGUUUCGGCAUGUACUCGAGUCAGCUGGCCUAGCCGCCUGGCACAUCAAUGGAAAGACGACACUCCGCAAGCGAAGACAAGUUGUGCGUGACUUUGUUGGGUGCUUGCGGAAGCCUGUGCACAUCCUCGUGACAGUCCAGGUGUUGGGUGAGGGUGUAAACAUACCAAAUGCGGACACCUGCUUAUUCGUCCAUCCGCGGGACAGCUAUGUAAGCAUCAUUCAGGCCAUGGGAAGGGUGCUCAGGACAAACCCGAGAAAGCCACUGGCCCACGUGAUAUUGCCAGCCCAAACCAUCGUCUCAGAAUCUUUACAAGCCGGGUGUGCAGAGGAUGCCAAGCUGAAGAUCAACCAUGCCGCGCUUGCUGACGCAGCUCCUCGAGAUGAAGUGGUGCCCUCCAACACGCGCACAAGAAACAUCGGGGACUGCCAGAAGCGGAGAGAGGUGCAAGCCGUUGAGAAGAAAGCCUCAGGCUGUGGUGAUACUGUACUCCCAUCACGCCGAUGGCUUAGCCAGGUUGAAAGUGCGGAACUGUAUGAUGCUGCAGGUGAUGCUACUGCAGCUGCCGGUGACGCUACUGAGACAGAUACCGACAGCGCAACUGCAUCCUACCGGUCAUACAUGGCGACUCCCUCCAAAACAUCCCCACAUGGACGAAAAUGCUUCACCAGGCGUGCUACUCAUGGGGCUCCGAUCAUGCUAGACCAAGGAUACGGGUCUGAGCUGCAUCGCUUUGUGGCUGCGAUUUCUCAGGCUGAUACUCGUUUGCGACAGCAUCCCCUGCACUUUCGCGCCUCGGUGGUUGAUGUCAGAAUGGCUGUUUCAGACAGUUCUGGAUACCGCUGCAGAGACUUGCUUGCGCAGCUCUCCGACGUGAUUACAUACCACGACCCAUGGGAAGUCCGCCUCCGCUCCCUGGAGCGCUUUGUUUCAAAGCACGACCAUCUUCCAAGACGGCAAUCAGGGGUCGAAGCAGAGGCCACCCUAGCACAUUGGCUUCACAAUGCAGGACAAAAAUUCAAGCUGCGGGGCUUGCCCUUGCACAGGCUUCAGAGACUUGAAAAUUCUUCGUGCGCUUUGCUUCGGUACCGAGUUGAAUUGUGGCGAGACAAGAAUUGGGCUUUCCGAAAGCGAUGUGAGGCUCUGAACCGAUAUGUUUGCAAACACGGCGCCGUGCCUUCCACCAGUAGGACUCAGAGUCGUGGCGUCCGUCAAUUGGGCAAAUGGUUUAGCGGCUUAAAGACAGGCAAUGUUCGUGUCAGUGGCGUGAGGCUGCAGCUGUUGUGGGGUCUACACCCUCUGGUGGAUCAGCAUUUUGCCGAAUGUGCAAAGCACCCCCAAACAUCGCGGAGAAUGGGGCAAUGGAAGCAGAUGGCACGUGCAUUGACUGACUUGGCACGCCAGCAUGGCAGACUUCCACGGGACAGGAUCGUCCAGGAAAGGACACUGUUCCGCUGGCUACAAAGACAAAGGCUGUUCUUCCCUUGGCUGCCACAUGAAAUGAAGACGCUACUGCUGUUAUCUCCCCUGCUAGUUUCGCAUUUCGAUGCCACUUCCCAUCGCCAAGAAAGAAGCCUUGCAGACCCACACCCGCAGUACGGUAGUGCAACAUUCAUGAACCGUUGA